GAAAACUGCAAGGAAGAGCUAAAGGGACAAAAGAACCGCUGCUUCACAUCUCAUCCUCUCCAUCAAGUUGGAAACUUCAAAGUCUGCGAACUGGAACGAGUGUAACAACUUGUUCUUCGUCUGUCAAAAUCAGUGUCUCUUCCUCCCUCCGUCCUGCAUCAUGCUGCGUCCAGUUGCCAUCCACUGUGUCUUGUCCACCUUGCUGUGCAUGUGGGCGCUGUGCAACGCCCAGUCAGACUCUAGCCCCCCUGUCAUCCAGCUACGUUUAGCCGGGGAGAAGCGGAAACACUACGAGGGCCGGUUGGAACUUUUCUACAAUGGAGAGUGGGGGACAGUGUGUGAUGAUGACUUCUCUAUGUCUGCCGCCCAAGUGGUGUGCAGAGAGCUCGGCUUCAUGGAUGCCGAGUCCUGGUUGCCCUCGGCCAAGUACGGAAAAGGAGAAGGCCGAAUCUGGUUAGACAACGUGCACUGCUCCGGUGCGGAGAAGAGCCUGGCUCAGUGUCACUCCAAUGGCUUCGGAGUGUCGGACUGCAAACAUUCAGAAGACGUCAGUGUGGUGUGCAACCAGAAGCGCAUUCCAGGCUACAAGUUCAUCCGGAACCAGGCCAACAGCCACGAGGGUGUCCCGGUGCAGGUGGAGGAUGUGAGGCUCAGAGCCACCUACUCUCAGAGGAAAAGGAUUCCCAUCACUGAGGGAUUUUUGGAGGUUAAAGACGGAGGCAAGUGGAGACAGAUCUGUAACGAGGAGUGGACGGAGAAGAACAGCCGGGUCAUCUGUGGCAUGUAUGGCUUCCCCGCAGAGAAACGCUUCAAUAACCGAUCCUACAAAUUGCUGGCCAAGCGUCGUAAGAAGAACUACUGGGGUUUCUCCAUCAACUGCACAGGCAACGAGGCCGACCUGUCCGACUGUAAGAUGGGCGGAGAGAUAAAGCUGAAGGGCAACCGCACCUGUGAGCUGGGCAUGCCUGUAGUGGUCAGCUGUGUGCCUGGACGUGCAUUUGCUCCCAGCGUCAGUGCCGGCUACAGGAAGGCCUACAGGGUGGAGCAACCCUUGGUACGGCUAAGAGGCGGAGCUUUGAUUGGCGAGGGCCGAGUGGAGGUGUUGAAGAAUGGGGAGUGGGGGACAGUGUGUGACGACAACUGGAACACUCGAGCUGCCACCGUGGUGUGUCGAGAGCUGGGGUUCGGUAGCGCCAAAGAGGCCUUGACUGGCGCCCGACUGGGACAAGGGAUCGGGUCGGUCCACAUGAAUGAGGUGGAGUGCUCUGGGUUUGAGAAGUCACUGACUGAGUGCUACUUCAACCGGGACGCUUUGGGCUGCAACCAUGAGGAAGACGCAGCAGUCAGGUGUAAUGUUCCUGCCAUGGGCUUCCACAAUAGACUUCGGUUGAAUGGCGGCCGUAAUCCCUCUGAGGGCCGUGUGGAGAUUCUGGCAGAGAGGAACGGCUCCACGGUGUGGGGCACAGUGUGCAGUGACAGCUGGGGGACCAUGGAGGCCAUGGUCGUGUGCAGGCAGCUUGGCUUGGGCUUUGCCAGCAAUGCUUUCCAGGAAACAUGGUACUGGACAGGAGAUGCCUCCGCUGACGCAGUCGUGAUGAGUGGAGUGAGAUGUUCAGGAACUGAGCUGACUCUGGAUCAGUGUCUACAUCACGGGAAACACAUCGCCUGUCCCAAAGGAGGUGGAAAAUUCGCUGCGGGGGUCUCCUGUACUCAGAUGGCCCCGGACCUGGUCCUCAGUGCCCAGGCUGUGGAGCAGACCACCUACCUGGAGGACAGACCCAUGUAUGCGCUGCAGUGUGCCCACGAGGAGCAAUGUCUGUCCAGUAGUGCAAACACAGCCGACUCCACUUCCUACCGCCGCCUUCUCCGCUUCUCCUCCCAGAUCCACAACAAUGGCCAGUCAGACUUCAGGCCGCGGGCGGCACACCACUCCUGGAUUUGGCACGAGUGUCACAGACAUUACCACAGUAUGGAGGUUUUCACCCACUAUGACUUACUGACUCUAAACGGCACUAAAGUGGCAGAGGGGCACAAAGCCAGCUUCUGUCUGGAGGACACGCAUUGUGACGAAGGUAUCGAUAAGAGGUAUGCAUGUGCAAACUUUGGGGCACAAGGCAUCACAGUUGGCUGCUGGGAUACUUACAGGCACGACAUUGACUGUCAGUGGAUUGACAUCACAGACGUGAAGCCCGGCGACUACAUCUUCCAGGUUGUGAUAAACCCCAACUAUGAGGUUGCAGAAUCAGAUUACUCCAACAACAUUAUGAAGUGCCGCUCCCGGUACGAUGGACAGCGGAUAUGGACAUACAACUGUCUUAUAGGUGGCUCACGGAGCUCAGAAACAGAGGAAACGUUCCCGGGAUUGUUGAACAACCAGCUUUCACACAGGUAGAGCAAAACGUGGACGACAGACGGACGGACAUGAGGGAAGCAUAUAUUGAUAUUUGACAACCACUAGAGGGAGCUGUACUGUUUUUGCUUCCUUGGAGCAGAGCUGGAUUGUCUUUGGGCUCAGCUGGUGCUACGGACAACGAUUCAAAUGGGGAAAUGAACUGCUUGCUUACUAAAUCUAUUAACCACAUUCAGCUGUACAAAAGUGUCCUUAUCUCUUAGUGCCUUAUUGUCAGUGAAAUUAGGGUUUGGACCUGGUGCUUAAUGGGAGAGAUGUCAAAUAAUUUAUUAAAUUAACUGUGCCAACAGUUGUCUUCUAAGCCAAAGUUACAAAGGCUUGAGAAAAACCUCAAACCAAAAUCUAUUAGAUGAGCCCUUUACCCUUAUGUUUGCUUAGGAUGAAUGAAAAUAGUCUACUGCUAAACCUGGUGCUACAUCUGAGACGGUGUUUCCCCAAAACAGUUGAAUUGAUAGUGGAGUGUUUAAAUCACAUUUGCUUCUACAGUAUUGGAUAGUUAAAGGUUUUAACUAGAAACCUAAAACAAAUACAUUAUGGGCAUAAUUACAACUAGAGCAAUAUGGUACCAUCUAUGGGAACAGCACAAUUGACAAGACAAAUACUUCCUGUUUUUAACUUUCUUUCUACAAAGGAUGAAAACUUGUAAGCAAAACUGUAAUAUAAGCGACCUAAAGCUGCAUAUAUUUUUGACAUCUAUAGUGCUGAACACAGUAAAUUAAUCUAUCACAACAGUUGCUUGGAUUUCUUUCCUCCAGUGUUUCUGACAAUCAGUAAAGAUUUUCAUAAAUUAAAUUAAGUCUGAAUUAAGUGGAAAUGUGCUUUUUUUAUUCCAGGAUUUUGUGUUCCACAUACUUGAGCUCGCUUUUAAAAAUGUUUUAUUUAUUUAUUUGUUUUCUUGGUUGUUUCAGCAGACACACAUUUUCAUCUUCAUGACCUGUGCAUCCCCUCAGCUUCUUUCUCAGUGUCUGAGUUGUGUUACAUUAUUACCGUCAGGGACUAUGAUAACAUUGUGGAUGUACUGUAAAAGCCACAGAUGUUUGUGAAAAUGCCUCUUCAAUGUUUUGUGAAUUAGUUUUUUUUAAAUUUAGCAAAAUCAAGGAUCCUUCAUUUUAAAAAGAGAACUUGUUGCUUGCUGCCUGACUGGUUAUCAUUUGUAUGCAAGGGUGAAUGUGGAAAAGCAUUACAUUUCUGAAAUAAAUAUUGUUGAAAGCAGAUUUCAA